UGCAGUGAAUGUUUUUGCAUGGAGAGAAGGCCAGAAGUUGGCUAGGAAAAUUCUUGGCCCCUUGCUUAAAAAUCAAAAGUUGAGGAGCGGCUCAGAAGGGGACGCAGCGCCGUUUGCUCCAGAACCUAAAAGACAUCGGGUGAUGGAUGAAGUCAAGCAAAGCCUUGGAGAACAAGAUGGUGCCAUGCCAAGGGCGAGGAGAAAUGUCGGGCAGGAGAGAAAAGAAAACCAGAUGCUCGUGGAUAAGGAGAACCCUCGAGGGUCAAGAAAUCGGAGCACGAGGCCCCCAAACAACCUUGGUGCAGAAAAGCGGACAGUGAAGAGUCAGGGAGUGGCCACAGGAAGAGAGGAGAAGGGAAGGUUCAAGGCUGGACCAGAUGCUCAUCAUUCGCCCAGUGCCCAUCUCGUGGACCCCGGAAGGCCCUCUGCUGUUCGGAUGGGACAAAAGAGAGGGUCUCCUCAGAGAAGUCAUACCCCUGGCAAGGAAAGCUCACCACCGCCGCGCCGUGACAUGGCGAGAAGAGGGAGCAGGAGUCCUGAGCAGAUCCACGCGUUCAUGGAUAAGACGCUGGCAGAAAGAAACAAGAGGUUUCGGGAAGAAAAACUGGCCUCAAAGCGAGCCCAAGAAGCGAGGAACGCCAGGCUGCAGGAGGUGUACAGGAAACAGAGGGAAGCCUUCGGAAGGAGAAAGAGCGGCUCGGAGGUCCGGCGGGGGAACCAGGCAGCGAAUCCUACAACAUGCGCCAAAGCUAUUUGUGGCCUGGAACGGGAAAGAGAAGAACAGCCCAGAUCAGAAACGAGGGCACGGCUCCACCGGUCAUCGCAGGCUCUCCUAAAGAACGAGGCCUUGGAUCAGGAGAUAACCAGAACUGCAGAGGCGGGAAGAAUUUUAGAUUCCCCAACGGUUGCCAGCUGCCACACAACUCCAUCGAAAAAGCCCAUCUUUGGCCUCCAGGAAUGGACGCCUUGGGAAAAGUCAGCCGUUUCUCCCUCUCCAGCCAAGGAGAACAGAGUCAAAGCCCUUCACGUCCUGGCUCAGGACCUCAGUGAGCGGCUGGACCGAGAAAUGGGGAAGCUUCGGGUCAUCAACAAGCCCAUGUCUUUGGAAAGGCAAGGAGCGUUGUCUGGAGCGCCAACUCUUUCCAUGAUCCGGAAGCCGGAGAUUCCUCAGACGGAAGCUGGCGGUGUGCAGGGUGGAGACGCCAUUUGGGAUUCAUGCUUCUCCCAGAAUCCUUCAAGAGAUGCUGGCAGGACCCAAGAGAAGAUCGUCUACGGAGAUGGAUUUGCAGCCCACCCUGAUCAAGGACUGCCUGGUUUGCUAACCUCCCGGCCUUGCAGCGAGAUAUUAAGGCCGAGAUCUUCGGAGGAAAAGCACCAGGAAGCAGGCUCAGUGGAUGUACAUCAAGGUUAG